AUGCGAGAUUAUGGUAAAGCUGUGGAAUCUUUUCAAAAGGCCAUACAUUUCAGACCUUCUUUAGCAGUGGCCUAUUUAAAUCUCGGAGCCUCUCUAAUAGCGUCCGGCAGAUGUCAGGAAGCCGCAGCGGUUUUGCGACGUUGUUCGCGGUUAGACGGCUCUGGCCUACGAGACAGGGCCGCACAUGAAGCAGCAAGGCUGGGUGCCCUUUUGCAACUGGGUGGAUUGUACUCAGAACAAGGAAGGCUGCAGAGGGCCUUGGCUGUCUAUAGAGAAGCUUUGCACACGCUACCUGAGAGGUAUCCUCCGCAGGGUAUUUAUCACAGACUAGGAGAUACCCUAGCAAGGCUUAACCAGUGGACAGAAGCUGAACGUUUUCACAGGGCCGCUUUGGACGCCCAACCAGACCAUGUGCCGGCCCAUCUGUCGUAUGGAACCAUGCUUGCCCAAAAUAGUAGUAGAGCAGCUGAAGCAGAGCAAUGGUUUAAAAGGGCCAUGAAGUUGGCCCCGAAUGAUCCUAGUGUUUAUCAUCACUAUGGUGAAUUCCUAUCGAUGGUUUCGAGACACGCAGAGGCGUGCGCGGCCAAGGUGCACGCAGCCGAAUUGGCCCCUACGGAUUACGCACUUGUGGUUGGCGCCGCCACUGCUCUGCGGCUUAUGGACCGCAAGUCAGAGGCGGAGUAUUGGUAUCGACAGGCUGUCAAUUUGAGGCCCGAUGACGCAAGAUCUCACACAAACCUCGGUGCAAUUUUGCACCUCCAGGGCCGCACCAGUCAAGCGGCCGCAAGUUACCGAGAGGCCCUUCGACUUCAACCCGGAGACCCAACAACCCUGGCAAACCUCGCCAAACUCUCAACGGCGGAUGCGUAG